UUAACCGGUGCAGUGCAAGUCACUUGGCGUCCAUCUUUCUAAUUCGAAUUUAAUAUUUUGUUUUUUAAACUGAACUUGUCCCAUGAGAGCUAUAAAGCCGUAAAAAUGAUUUUCACCGAGCACAAGGCGAAGAUUCUGGCGAUGACGGGCAAACACGUGGACGAGCUGCACGAGAUGUGGUCUCGCAUGUUCGAACCGCAAACCUGCGAGGAGUACCUGAUCAGGUUGCAGGAUCACGCGCUCAACUUCUACACGGAUCUCCUCAGCGAGUCGUACGAGAAGGAGCAAGGGAUUAUUGGUGAAAUAGCAGGUCUGCAGGCGGAGGCCACUGACCUGACGCGCCUGCUUCACGAGAACUUAAACUUGGGUGAACGGCCGCAGGAAAUGUCGCUGGUCAUCUGGCAGCUAAAGCUGGACAACAGGAUUAAUCAUCUGCGCGAGGAGCUGGCCAGGCGACAGGCGGAGAUACGUGAACUCAUCCAGCACCAGGAGCGUCUCUGCGAGGAGCUGGGCGAAGUACCGCAGCCACUGCUAGUCGAUCCCCUGCCUAUGCCCGAGGAAAUGGACUCCUUUCGAGAUCACCUGGAACAGCUCCGCCAUCAGCGAGAGGAGCGACUGAACGAGAUACACCAGCUGCGCCAGAGCAUCAAGCACAACAUGAAGCUACUCGAACUUCAUGUCCAAACAAACACCGAAGAGCGGCUGCUGAAUCUGGACCGGAAGAACCAGUUCCUGACGCCGGAGGACUUCGAGCGGCUGCGCCUCAUGCACACGGAGUACGCCGACCAGGUGAAGGAGAUGCACGAGCGGAUCGACCAAAUGCGCUGCAAGAUAGAUCUUCUCUGGCAGCGACUAAAGCUCACAGACGAAUUUGCCAUGCGUCGGGUGCAGGAAUCCACGUCGUAUAACCAGCGCACCUUCGACAUCCUGCGAGAAGAGUUGGAGCGCUGCCAGGCCAUGCGGCGCAAGAACCUCAAGACCUUCAUCGAGCAGCUGCGCAUCGAGAUCGAAGAGUGGUGGGAUCUCACAUUGAAGAGUCCACAGGAGCGGAAGCGCUUCGCCGGCUACUACUGUGAUAACCAGAACGAAGAUGUUCUGGAGCUACAUGAAAAGGAGUUGGACCAACUGAGGAACUACUACAACAGCAAUAAAAAGAUCUUUGAUCUGUAUGCCAAUCGUGCGGAUCUGUGGUCGCGCAUGGAGGCACUGGAGGCCAAGGCGAACGACCCGAAUCGAUUUAACAAUCGCGGAGGACAGCUGCUCAAGGAGGAGAAGGAGCGCAAGGCCAUGAUGACCCGUCUGCCCAAGAUCGAUCAGCAAAUCACAGAGCUGGUUAAGGUCUACAUGGCCCAGGCCAACACUCCGUUCCUGGUGAACGGCGAGGACAUACUGGAGGUAAUGUCGAUGGACUGGGAGCGCCACAGUCAGUCCAAGAGGCAGCCAUCCGCCCACAAAAAGGACGCGAACACGACGGCCAGCAAAAUGAAGCCGCCUUUAGCGCCUCUUACGCCAAAUACGCUGAAAGCCAACAGGGGCGUGCACGGAUCGUCGUCCUCAUUGAAGAAGACCCCGUCAAAGGUGAACUCGAGUGUUGGUACCAAGAGCACGGGGAAUCUGCAAAAGAGGCGGCAUCCAAACAACGACAAGAGCAGCGGACAGCUGCCAGCUGCGGCCAAGCGAAAUCUAAUCACGUCGCUGGAGUGCCAGCCAGUCCUGGAAGUAAAUGGUCAGAAGCUGCUAAAGUCACCACAGAAGAAGGUACGAGUGCUGGAGUACUCGGUGCGCCGGGGCAAGCCAUCCGGGAGGCCCAGCAUCGGCAGCAGGAAUCACCAGAGGAAUCGUCCGAUCCCCCAGGUCAAUGUGCAGCCUCCGUCCGGCGAGGAGAACGAAAACGAGGACAGCGGCGACCUGGAGGCGUACUCGGCCUAUUAGCAGGCAACUUUGGGAGCAUACUCUAAUCACAUCUACAUAAUUGCAAUCGAAAUCGGCAACUAAUCUGUGUUUUAUCUCUACCUGUAUUUCUAAAGCUUACAUUUUGUAAUGAAAUGAUAAUUCGAUAUACUUAUAAUCAAUGGCUAAAUCAUUUUCAAACUUUGUGUGCUUUACAAAACUAAGCUAUUUUACCUACCUGACUAUUUAUUUGUCCUCUAAAUUGUAUCAUAAUAAAUAUGUAUAUAUGUA